AGGAUGGGAGAUGAUGAGAACCUUCAGAACCACCCCAACUGGAAUGCAAUUCUCCAGUGGUCACUCAGAUUCCAAGAUGAGCCCUCAGAAAACAGAGUACUGGAACCCAUGGACCAGGAGAGACGGCAGUUUCUAACGAGAGCGUUUGAGAACUACUCUGCAAUGGUAGCGGAUCCAGUGAAGAGUAUGAGAGGACACGUGGUAGUUCUAAAGAACCCUGACAGCUCUAAAGAGGAGUGUGUACUGGCUCUGGAGGAUAUAGCCGACCAUGCUGAGGAUCUGGACGAGGCUAACGAUCUGUAUCUAAUGGGUGGACUACAAGUUUGUUGUGCCUACAUAAAACAUAACGAUCCGGAAUUACAGAGUCUGGCGUGCGAGGUGAUAGCCAACGCAGUGCAGAACAACGAGAAAAUAGCUCAGUUCGCUAGCGAUACCUUUGUGUUGAGUGACCUCCUGAAGCUAGUUGAUAACAGCGCUAACGAUACUGUCAGAGUUAAGAGUUUACUCGCAGUCUCUUGUCUGGUGCGGGGAAACACGGCAGCCCUGGAGAAGUUUAAUCAGCACGAGGGUUACAAUGUGAUAGUAAGAGCACUUCAAUCCCCCCUACACAAGCUGCAGAUAAAAUCCCUCUUCCUAAUCAACCAUGUGUGUGUAGAGUCGACGGAUCAGUGUCAACUCUACUCCAGUAUGGGAGUACCUCAUCAGUUAUUUGCGAUGUGCGACAGGUUCGCUACAGAAGACAGAACAGCUGAAUCAUACGACGCCACCUUACAAAUAACUUUAAAGUUGCUCUUGCAUUUAGUGGAGCGUUGUGAUGUACAGUUCCCUCCUCAUGCUGCCGCUUCUUUUGAAACUUUGAGAGUUUGUUUAGUGGAAGACAGUGUAGAGGAAGAAAGGGAGAUAUGUAAGAAGCUGAAAAACCACUGUCCUGCACCAGCUGAUGAAGUGGACAGAUAGCACUGAUAAUCUGAACACUGGCGUUCAAAAGAUUGUAGAUUUAAAUUCAGAAUAAGAUGAUUUGAAGGAUCAUAUUUAAAGUUGAAGGACUAUAAGUAUGUCUAUAUACAAGUAUAUAAGCUUUUUAUUAUGACAUUUUGGGAGGAAUUGUAUUUCAACUUUUGGCCUGGAAAGAGAGAGAAUUAGCAUUGAAUGUGUUUUUAAAUUAUGCUCUCAAUUUCCAUUUCAUGUGGCAUGUUUAUCGAUUAAUCGUGUUGGUGGAACCAAAGCACGGAGUUUAAUAUGUUAUAAUUUAUUCUGAUAUUUAUUUAUGCACUUUU